AUGGCUGGAGCGCCGCGCCGCAAGAACUUCACAGACGAUGAAGACCUGGCUCAGCUGCGUCAAAUCCACGCGGACCGCCCAUUCCUCCGGCAGCGAGGUGGCAUCAUGGCAGCGUGGGAUGCCCUUGCAACUAAGCUUGUUGUAGACGAGAAUUUUCCACGCAACAAGGUGAGUGGCAAGACGGCCAGCGGGCGCUUCGACAAGCUAGUCGAGGCCCACCGUGCUGCAGCGGAGGAGCCGGCGAAGGCGUCGGGCGUAGACGAAGACGAGUCGGAAAAGGUCAUCCUGCUUGACGACCUGGUGGCAAUGCUUGACGACCACGCAACCAAGACGACCGCCGCGAAGGAGACCGAGCUCCGAAAGCGCGAGCGCGAGGAGGAGACGUCGCUUUUGGUUAAAGAGAGCGAAGACGACAGCACGCCCGUCAAGAAGCGCAAGGAGACGGAGUUGAAGGAUCUCCUAAUCACGCUCAAGGAGAAGGAGCUGGCGGAGAGACAAGAGGUGCGGGAGCUGGAAGCUGAACGCCGCCGACGAGAACGAGAAGAAGACCUCGAUGAAGCAGCUCGAGCCCGCCGAGAGGCGAACAAGCAAAUGCUCCGCCUUGUCAGCGUGAUAGGUGAUGCUGUGCUUGCAGUUGUUAAAGCAAAUAAAGGUGAUUGA